AAUUCCCAACACACAAUGAACGCCACGCCCACAAAGUUGCCGGGAAUGCCCCCCGUCCCGUUUGGGCCCGUCCCGCACGUCCGUCCGGUCCGGCGGGACCGGCCGGCCCGACGGUUGUCGAGGUGCGGCGCCGGCUCGUGGGAACGACGACCCGACGAACCGGCUCGCCCGCAACCCAAACAACAGCAGACAAAAAAAAGCCCGUGUGUGUGCGGGUGUGCGCGCGAGUGCGCGCGCGGCGGGCGGAGUCAAAGGUCGCCCCACAAGCGGAGGCGGCCGUCCGUCGCUCCGCACACAGCGCGUUCCGCUCAUCGCCUUCGCAGGUCGUCGCAGAAGGUCGCCGCCGUCGUCGUCCUACACCCAUGGAGUCCGCCGAGGCUUUGUCGGCCAAGCAGAAGAGCCGCCGGAACGUCACCAUCGAGAUCACCAACCUGACGGGCGGCUUCGUCCUCAAGCACCCCAAGGUGCACAUGGAAAACGGCAACUGCCACAGCCCGCCGCAGCCCACCGUGCGCUCCAUGCGCACCGAAGUGUGCAACUUCACCAAAACGGACGUGGCCACGACGGGCGCGGUGGGCGUGCUGACCUACGACAUCUACGAGGGGAAAAGCGCCGCCGCCAAGCUGGCCCUCAUGUUCUCCGUGCCCUACGACUACACCUUCUACAAGAACUGGGUGGCGGUGGGCAUCUUCCCCUUGAGCCGCGAAACCGACGAGAAGCUCUACAAGGAGAUGUACGAGGACAAGAAUCAGAGCGGCUUCGUGCGCCAGGAGGCCAAAGGCUGCGGCCUGACCUACGAGAGCGGCAAGAUGGACGUCAAGGUCACCAUGUCGCCCUUGGGCAGGGCCAUCAUGAAGGUGGAGCUGUGGGACCUGCACUUCCACCCCUGAGCCGACUCGCCGAACAAAAUCGACAAUAAAAAAAACUCUGACUCAAA